CUCUUCCCCCUCCGGUGUCUGUGCCCCUCGUUGUUGCUGCUCUGUCGUUACGUUAAACCUCACGUUAGUUGCAAGAUGAGCGGAGCAGACGGUAAAAAGGGUCCUUCCACCAGUGUGAUGGAGUGGAUCGGUACAGCUUGUCGUUUUGCAACAGACAGAAACGACUUCAGAAGGAAUCUUCUGGUCAACCUGGGCUUGUUUGCAGCUGGUGUUUGGGUUGCAAGAAAUCUCUCAGAUUUUGACCUGAUGUCUCCUCAGCCCAUAACAUAACCUGGUCAAAACACGCCGCCGCCAAAACCAGGAUGAUGGUGUCUUGGACCAACGAAGAAGAAACAAGGGACAUGAAUAAAUGACUUUUGUAUGACUAGUUUUACUUUGAAAACAAAUCAACUUGUUGAACCAAAUCGGCGUCACUUUUCUGUAGAAUAUUUUUUUGUCAUAGGCGACCUGAGGAGAAAUAUUUGCAUUGAA